CAUUCACAUUGGCCCAAUUAGCAAAAGACAAUGCAAGUGCAACCCCUUAUCCUAUAAAUUAGUUGCUGAUCCAGCAACGAGCUAAACUAAUUAAUUAUGAGAUUCAUAAAUAAGUUUUGUUCUAUAAUUAAGAACAUUUAGAUCAUCCGAUCCAUAGACAAAAAUAGAGUAUUUAGAAAAUGGCUGGUGGAGGAUUCUCUAUGGAUACACAAGUUACUGCCACCAAUGUUGGUAGCAAAUUAACAUUCUUAAUCAUCAUUACCUGCAUAGUUGCUGCUUCCAGUGGCCUUCUUUUUGGAUAUGACAUCGGAAUUUCAGGAGGUGUCACAACUAUGAAGCCAUUUCUUAAAAAAUUCUUCCCAGACAUUCUAAGAAAGGCAGUUGGUACUAAGGUGAACAUGUACUGUGUGUAUGAUAGUCAAAUAUUGACAUUAUUCACGUCUUCUCUUUAUCUAGCUGGAUUUAUGUCGUCACUUGUAGCUAGCAAAGCUACAACGAUGUUUGGUCGGAGAAACGUCAUCAUAAUGGGUGGUAUUGUCUUCCUUGCUGGUGGUGCAAUUAACGGAGGUUCUGAAAAUAUCUCUAUGCUUAUCUUGGGUCGUGUUCUUCUUGGGUUGGGGGUCGGUUUCACUAAUCAAGCUGCACCAUUGUACCUAUCUGAAAUUGCUCCACCAAAAUGGCGAGGCGCUUUGAGCACAAGCUUUCCAUUCUUUUUAGGAUUUGGUAUAAUCGUUGCAGGUUGCAUAAACUAUGGCACUGCCAAGCAUACAUGGGGAUGGAGACUCUCUCUUGGACUUGCAGUUGUGCCUGCAGCUGUAAUUACAAUUGGUGCCUUCCUCAUAACUGACACACCCAACAGCUUAGUCGAACGUGGUAAGAUAGAGCAAGCCAAAAAAGCAUUACACAAAAUCAGAGGAUCUUCCAUUGAUAUUGAACCUGAGUUAGAAGAACUUAUUAGGUCAACAAAAAUUGCAAAAUCACUGCAACAAGAGCCCUUUAAAACCAUAUUCAAAAGGGAGUAUCGACCUCACUUGGUAAUGGCGAUAGCAAUCCCGUUUUUUCAACAAGUUACAGGGAUCAACAUUAUUGCUUUCUAUUCACCUAACCUCUUUAGAUCUUUGGGGUUGGGACACAAUGCUUCUUUACUUUCUGCGAUUAUACUUGGCGUUGUUAACCUUGCAUCUAUCCUCGUCUCUUCUACUGUUAUUGAUCGAUUUGGUCGAAGAUUCUUGUUCAUUACUGGGGGUAUUAUCAUGUUUGUCUGCUUGCUUGCGGUGUCCAUUGUGCUAGCAGUGGUAACUGGUGUUGAUGGUACAAAUGACAUAUCAAAGGGCAAUGCAAUAUUGGUAUUGGUACUAAUGUGUUUCUAUGCUGCGGGUUUUGGUUUGUCGUGGAGUCCUCUAACAUGGCUAAUUCCAACUGAGAUUUUUCCAGUAAAUAUAAGAAGCACUGGACAAAGCAUAGCUGUUGCUGUGCAUUUCAUAAUGAUAUUUGUGUUAUCGCAAACAUUCUUGACUAUGUUAUGCCACUUGAAGUUUGGGGCAUUUUUGUUCUAUGCUGGUUGGGUUGUUGUGAUGACUCUUUUCAUUAUAUUUUUUUUGCCGGAGACUAAAGGAAUUGCUUUGGAUUCAAUGCACAUCAUAUGGGGUAAACAUUGGUUUUGGUAUCGGUUUGUUAAAGGAGAAGACGGAGAAGGAAAUCAUCCAUGAAGUUUGCAUGCAAAAUUGAAAGAAAAAUUGUUGAUGUAUUUUUUGAAACAUUAUAUGUACUAUUUCUUAUAUUUGUACUAGAUUUUUUAAAAUUCAGUUUUGUUUAGAUUUGAUAAAAUCUAUAAUUCAAGCUUUCGUCAA